UGUCAGGACGUCCUGAAGGAUCCAGUCACCACUAGCUGCGGUCACCAGUUCUGCAGACGCUGCAUCUCCUCAUACUUGGACCAGUCUGGUCCACCAGGAGACUCCUGCUGUCCCCAGUGUGGGAAAAGACCCAGGACAGGACGUGGACCACAGAGCAUCCCAGAUGUUGGUCUGCAGAAGGUUCUAGAUGAACAUAAGAUCAUUCUGAGGAGCAGAUUUGAACAUGUGACUGAAGGAACUAAAGGAACAGGAAGUAGAACCCUCCUUAACAGGAUCUUCACUGAGCUCUACAUCACAGAGGGACAGAGUGAAGAGGUCAAUACUCAACAUGAGGUGAUGCAGCUGGAGACGACCUCCAAGAAGAAGAUGGUCCAGGACACUCCCAUCAAGUGCUGCGACAUCUUUAAAGCCUUACCUGACCAGCAGGGGAGAAUCAGAGUCGUCCUGACCAACGGUGUCGCUGGUGUUGGAAAAACCUUCUCGGUGCAGAAGUUCACUCUGGACUGGGCCGAGGGUUUGGAAAACCAGGAUGUGAAUCUGCUGAUUGUCCUCUCGUUCAGGGAGCUGAACCUGAUCAGAGAUCAGCAGCACAGUCUUCUCACGUUGCUCCAUGUUUUCUAUCCAACAUUAGAGAAGGUCAGAGCAGAGGAGCUCGCUGUCUGUAAACCUUUGUUCAUCUUUGACGGCCUGGAUGAAAGCAGACUCUCACUGGACUUCAGCAGCAGGACGCCGGUUUCUGACGUCACACACAGGUCAUCAGUCAACGUGCUGCUGACCAACCUCAUCCAGGGGAAUCUGCUUCCCUCAGCUCUCAUCUGGAUAACUUCUCGACCUGCAGCGGCCAAUCAGAUCCCUCCUACAUGUGUUGACAGGGUAACAGAAGUACGAGGCUUCACUGACGACCAGAAGGACGAGUACUUCAGGAAGAGAUCCAGAUCUGAAGAUCUGUCCAGCAGAAUCAUCUCACACAUCAAGAUGUCCAGGAGCCUCCACAUCAUGUGUCAAAUCCCAGUCUUCUGCUGGAUCAGUGCUACAGUUUUGGAUUACAUGUUGACCACAGAGCAGAGAGGAGAGCUGCCCAAGACCCUGACUGACCUGUACUCACACUUCCUGCUGGUUCAAACAAAGAGGAAGAAGAACAAGUACAAUAAAGGACGUGAGAUGAGUCUACGGGAGCUGAUGAACUCCAACAGGGACGUUCUUCUGAAGCUGGGGAGGUUGGCCUUUGAGCAUCUGCAGAAAGGAGACAUCAUGUUCUACCAAGAAGAUCUGGAGCGGUGUGGUCUUAGUGUGACAGAGGCCUCGGUGUACUCAGGAGUUUGUACAGAGAUCUUCAGAAGAGAGAGUGUGAUCUUCCAGAAAUCAGUCUUCUGCUUUGUUCAUCUCAGCGUUCAGGAGUUUCUGGCUGCAGUCUACAUGUUCCACUGUUUCACCAACAGGAAGACAAAGUUCCUGAAUACCAUCCUGAGAAAACCUCAUUUUUUUUACAACCGCUCCUCAUUUUUUGGAACCGUUGCUAUGAGUGACUUAUCUCUGGACGUGUUCCUGAAAGGAGCCAUGAAGAAAUCCCUUCAAAGUGAAAAUGGUCACCUGGAUCUGUUUGUUCGCUUCCUUCAUGGACUCUGUCUGGAGUCCAACCACAGACUGUUAGGAGGUCUGCUGGGUCAGACUCAGAACAGUCCAGAAAUCAUCCAGGGAGUCAUUGAGAACCUGAAGAAGAUGAACACAAAGAACAUCUCACCUGACAGAAGCAUCAACAUAUUCCACUGUCUGACAGAGAUGAACGACCAAUCAGUGCAUCAGGAGAUCCAAGAGUUCAUGAAGUCAGAGAACAGAGAACAGAAACUCUCUGAGAUCCACUGCUCAGCUCUGGCCUACAUGCUGCAGAUGUCUGAGGAGGUUCUGGAUGAGUUGGACCUGAGCAAGUACAGAACAUCAGUUCAGGGGAAACAGAGACUGAUUCCAGCUGUGAGGAACUGCAGGAAGGCUCGGUUGAGUGACUGCAGUUUGA